AUGCUUAUGGCCCGAGACACGGCGCGAGAUGAGGCUCAAAAGCUACACAGGAAGUGGCUGAAGCACCAGGCCUUCAUGGCAGAACUGGCCCGGAACAAGGAAUGGCUGGCCAAGAUAGAACAGGAGGGCCAGGGGUUGAUCCAGGAGAAGCCCGAGUUGCGCACAGUUGUGCAGCAGAAGCUGGAAGAGAUCAGGGAGUGCUGGUCCGACUUGGAGAGCACAACGAAAGCCAAGGCUCGCCAGCUCUUUGAAAACAACAAGCCGGAGCCAGCGGUGAAAAGCUACUCGGACCUCGACAACCAGCUCUCCCACUUGGAGCGCCAGCCCCCCCAACUCGAGCAGGCGCAUCAUCUGCCCACGUUCAAUGAGCAGCUCCAGAAAUUCCAGGCUAUGGAGUCUCAGUUUGGUGACAUUUACAAGGAUGUUGAGGAACUGGGUAGCUUGCAGGGCGUUUGCCUUCCCCAGCGAGGUCUGAUGGCGGGUGACAAGGAGGGCGCUGAGCAGUCAGGCAUGGUGGAGACCCGCAUUGUUCGCCUCAUUGAGCCCCUGAAGGAGAGACGCCGCAUCCUGCUGGCUUCCAAAGAGAUGCACCAAGUGGCUCAAGACCUGGAAGACGAGAUGCUUUGGAUUCAAGAGAGGCUUCCACUGGCAUCAUGUAAGGAAUAUGGAAAUAAUCUUCAGAGUGUGCAGCAGCAUGUCAAAAAGAACCAGACUCUCCAGAGGGAGCUGACAGGGCGGCGAGCUCGCGUUGAGGAGGUUCUGGACCGAGCGGGAAUCAUUGCAUCGCUGCGCACUCCCGAAGUGGAGUUUGUGCGGGAAGGGGCCGGCCAUGUGCGGCAGCUUUGGGAGGUGUUGCAGUUGGAGCUGGAAAGGAGAUGUGUCAUUCUGGAUGCUGCACUCCAGGCUCAACAAUACUACAGUGAGGCAGCCAAAGUGGAGUCCUGGUUGUCAGGUCAAAAACUCCAGCAGGCCAAUGACGAAAAAGGCACGGACGAGGCCAGUACCCUGCAAUUGUUGAAGACUCACCUGGCUCUAGAGCAGACGGUGGAAACGUACGCAGAGACCGUGGGUAUGCUCUCGCAGCAAUGCCAGCAGCUGCUCGAGCUCGGACACCCAGAGAGUGAGCAAAUCACCAAGCAGCAGUCCCACAUAGACAGACUCUAUGUGUCUUUGAAAGACAUGGUGGAGCACCGGAAGGUCAAGCUGGAGCAGCAGUACUGGCUUUAUCAGCUCAACAAGGACGUGGAGGAAUUAGAGAAAUGGAUCACCGAGCGGGAGGCUGUAGCAAGUUCCACCGAUCUUGGCCAAGACCUGGAGCAUGUUACGGCACUUCAAGAAAAGUUUACCAAAUUCGCCUCGGAAACAAACAGCGUUGGUCAGCAGCGGAUGGAGCAGGUGAACAAAAUGGUGAACGAAAUGAUCGACUGCGGUCAUUCGGAUGCGGCAACCAUCGCCGAAUGGAAGGAUGGACUGAACGAAUCCUGGGCCGACCUCCUGGAGUUGAUGGAGACCCGUAGACAGAUGCUGGCCGCAUCCCACCAGCUCCACAAGUUCUUCACUGACUGCAAAGAGGUGCGUGGGUUUAUUGCAGGGAAGAUGAAGCAGCUGCCAGAGGUGAGGGCAUGCCAAGCCAACAUCACCAAUCCAGCCACCCUGCAGAGACUUAUGCACUCUUUUGAGCAUGCCCUUCAACUGUUAGUUACACAGGUACGACAACUCCAGGAGAACGCCGCACAGCUGCGUACUAUUUACGCCGGCGAAAAGGCCGAGGCCAUUAUGGUCAAAGAGCACCGAGUGAUGGAAGCUUGGAAGGAGCUGUUAAGCUCUUGCGAGGCCAGUCGUGUCCAGGUCACCUCGGUGACAGACAAGGUGCAGUUCUUCUCAGUGGUGCGCGAAAAUCUCAUGUGGAUGGAAGGCAUCAUGGGCCAAAUCGGAUGGGACGAGCCGAGGUAA